CCAUUCAAAUGCUAAGUUUACUUCCUGUUUUCAUUUUUUUUUAAUGUCCUGUGACAUCUGAGAAAAUUCAUCUCGAAAGUAGAAAGAAACUUCAGUGCUGCCACGUCAGGAUUACAGCUCUAGAUAAACACCUGGCCGAAAUCCCAAGAGACACUCAUACACCAAAUAACCUGAACGGAAAAUACCAGCCUAGCGCGAGGUUUGUUCUGUCAUGGAGAGCAAAUAUAACUUGAAGAGUCCAGCUGUGAAGAGGUUGAUGAAAGAGGCAGCCGAACUCCGGGACCCAACCCAGCAUUAUCAUGCUCAGCCACUGGAGGAUAACCUGUUUGAGUGGCACUUCUCCGUCAGAGGACCUCCAGACUCUGAUUUCGAUGGUGGAGUUUAUCACGGUCGGAUCGUGCUGCCCCCCGAAUACCCCAUGAAGCCCCCCAGCAUCAUUCUGCUCACCGCCAACGGGAGGUUCGAGGUUGGGAAGAAGAUCUGUCUGAGUAUUUCCGGUCACCAUCCAGAGACGUGGCAGCCGUCAUGGAGUAUUCGGACCGCUUUAAUAGCGAUCAUUGGAUUCAUGCCGACCAAAGGGGAAGGAGCGAUAGGAUCUCUGGAUUACACUCCUGGGGAGAGAAAAGCUCUCGCUAAAAAGUCUCAGGAUUUCUGCUGUGAAAGUUGCGGCAGCUGUAUGCGCACGGCUCUGCUAGCGCUCUCUCCGGACAGCGACCCUCGACCUGUCGACCCUCAGGCACUCAGACUGGCCCAGCAGAUCAGCUUCAAGGCGGAGUCGAGCUCGUCGGCUGCGGACCGUGGCAGUUCAGCGGCAGCGGCAGUGGCAGUGGCAGCGGCAGCAGCGGCUCUCAGUGACAGUGAGAGUUCAUCUACACCAGAGAGAGACACAGAAGACACGUCUUCAACUGAGCAGACUGAGUCCUCAUUCGUGGCUGCUCCGACAUCAAGCGAGGGUCCAUCCGCCCCGGCGGCUCCGAGUCCCCGUCAGCGGCGCUCGCAGACCCAGAGCCCCAGAUACCCCACGUUCACGGCCUCCCCCGCCCCCCCGCACCCGCAGCAGGACCCCAGUCACACGGGCUGUGCCGUCCUCAUAGUGCUCCUCACACUCGCGCUCGCCGCGCUCAUCUUCCGCAGGAUCUACUUGGCCCACGAGUACAAGUUUGAUUACGAGCUGUGAACUCUUUCUGUCCUGAUCCAGCAGACGAGGUGUGUGUUUCAGGAACAAGAACAUGUCAAUGGAAGCUGCUUUUCGCCACAGAAUAUAAAAGAUGAUUGAAAAUCUCAAAAUUCGAAUAUUUUGUCUAGGAAUUGCUAGUUUUUAUCUCGCAAUAAGGUCAGAAUUGCGAGAUGUAAAAUUGUGAGAUAUAACUCAGAAUUGUGAGCUGUCACUUUAUAACUUACAAUUCUGUGAGAUAAAAAGUCACGAUUUUAUGAAUUUCGUCCAUUGGCAGAAACGAGAUUUCACCCCUAAAAAUGCACAUUUAUAUUUGACAUAAAGAGGAGACAGUUUCUGAUGUUACAGUUGUCCCCUAGGCUAGCUAUUUUACUUGUAAAGUAUUUAUGCAUCAUGGUGGUGAUUAUUGUGCCGCCUUUUAAUGUUUUAAUGUUCAAAAAUCUACAAUGGUGUCUGGGCCGAGCAUCUGGACGCGUCACUGUAACUUGAAAAAUAUCACAUGAUGUAAUAAGAACUGGGUACUAUUCCUGUUUUCCUCAAUAUAAUUAAUAAAAUAACAUUUUGGGGGUGAAAUAUGACGUUGUUUCGUACAAAUCCUGAGACUGCUGUUUCCUAAAUGCAUUUCAAAAGUUACCAAUGUGCAAAAUUUGCUCUUAGGCUGGAAGAAACCAACGACUGGAGAAUUUGCAGUCCGCUUCUGAAAUGUUGUCCGUCUGUCUCGGAAGCGGACAUUUACGCACUAUAAUAACGUUACGUAGGCAUGGUUGUAAUAUUGUAUAUUUUGCUUUUAAACUGUAAAAAAAACAACUACGUUUGCACUUGGAUAGAAGAGCCUCUCUGGUUGGUCUGCUAAUUUUCUGAAAACAUUCAAGCGGUCAAAAUGAUGUUUUUAUUUUUUACUAAUAUAUCUGUAACUCGGUAUAUGAGUUUACACAUAGAACGUACACAUAGAAACCCUUAAACAUCAUCUGUUUCUCUCUUCCUUUAGCAACAACCAAUAGUUUUCUUUAACCAAUAAACCUGACUUUAACAGAACUGUUUGCUCUCUUCACUCCGUCUCGAAGGUUUUAAAGUGACGUUAUUAACAUGAACGUGUGUCUUAGUUGUUACUUCUCGGACUUUCAGCUGGUUGGCGACCAAGAACACACUAGAGAAGCGAAUCUAGCAUUUUAAUGAUUAUUUUCAUGUUUCUAUUUACUCCAUAUAUCAAUAUGUGCUGAAUAGAUUGAUUUUAAGUGUAAGAUUGUAUUACAGCAUUCGUAUGUUAUAUCAACACUGUAUUAAGGCUUCGAUUUAAUGUGGGGCAUUGUGAUUGAUGUCUUCUGCUGUUAAACACAGAUCAUUAAAACAUUUAAAUAAUCAGA